CGCUCGCGUCCCACGAGUCCGCUUUGAGAUGAUUUGGUCCGGAUCUUGCCUCCCUUGACUUAGAAAUGAACCAAGGUCCUUCCAAACCUGAGCGCCCGAGCCCUGCCAACUAUCACAGUAUCCUUUGAAUCCAAUCACGUCCGUCCUGUAAACCGAAUACACCUCCCUUAGAAUCAACCACGCGGCCCCUGCGUUUUUCACUGCUGCUUGCAUUGUCAACAUCAACACUCGCAGGCCAGGCCUACCACGUCACUUAAGCUGCACCGUAGUCCCGAUGACGUCCAACGAAGCCGCCUUACGGGCCUUUUUCCAGUCGCCCCGCUAUGCCGUCGUGGGGGCGAGCACCAACACGGCCAAGUACGGCUACAAGGUCUUCCGCUGGUACGUGCAGCAUGGCCUGCCGGUCACGCCCAUCAACCCGGUCGCCAAGGCCAUCGAGGUGGAUGGGCAGGCGUACCCGACGGUGAGGUCGCUAUCAGAGCUCCAGGGAGCCAGCGAGACGGGCGUCUCCAUCAUCACGCCGCCCCCUGUCACCAUGAAGACGCUCGAGGAGGCUAAGGGGCUGGGCAUCCAAUCCGUCUUUCUGCAGCCUGGGACGUUCGAUGACGGCGUCCUGGCCUUUGCACGCGAGAACUUUAGGACCGUUCUUGCAGGCGAUGGGGGCCGGGGCUCGGAGGGUUGGUGCGUGCUGGUCGAUGGCGAGAGGGGCCUUGAGUCUGCGGGCAAGCUUUGAGAUGGAUCCGUUAUGGAUUGCUGUCCGAGAAUGGAAAACCGUCGUUGCAUACCUGCGUAUGCCGGCCUCCUGUAGGGCGACCUGUGGGCGUCAAAAUGAUGCACGAGUGCAGACGCGUCUUCCCGCUGCAUACGUCGGCGGCGAUUAGGCGUAUGUGAAGAACGGCGGCCACCUUUUUGAGCUUGGAUCUCUGAUGAUGCAUGAAUUCGGACGCGUGUCCGAGCUGCAUGCAUUAGCGGUUACCUGGGAGUAUUUAAAGAAUGGCUGGCGUCUCUUCGUCUGCUGCCCGCGAAGACAUCUCUCAUCUCUCGCUUUAUUUGGCGCUUACCAUCUCUUCACCGAUGCCCGCGCCGACGUCGACGCCGACGACGACAACGACAAC